AUGAAUGGUGCUGCUGUUGUGCUUUGCUGCUUGAGCAGCCUGUUCCUGGUAACGGCGCCCGUCGUGGCUGACCCCCCUCCACUCUCUCCUGUUAGCAAUGUUCAUGAAGUGUCAACGAACAUUGAAACACAAGAGAAAGCCACGAUGUAUACGGUUACAUUUGCGCACUUGCCGCUGUACGUGACAGGUGACGACUUCGACGUGCACAUCAUAGGCAACCGGGUGCUGAAGGUGAUUGUCGGUGGCACAAACUAUGAUUGGUUCUUCAAGCUGGCUGAGCCAAUUCCUGACGACAUAACGCUAAAGCCGCCAAUAGAGACAGAGCGGCUAGAGGGAGAUUUUACUGGGGCCGUGUGGAAAGUGUCCGUGCUCGUGCCAAAGAAUUACUACGCAGCAGCUCCUGCCCCGCCCCAAGGAACGAGCGCAGGCGAAGCUGGCGGACGGGGCACUCCCGCUACGCCGGAACAACCGCUUGCUUUUGCUCCUCCGACUUUCGGCUCUAGUAUUACCAGCCAAGCGCACGAACUAUUCGGGGGGGCAGCCGCCCCUGCAUCACGAGCUAGGAGGCGCCCGGUUCCAGACCGAAGGGCACCAGAGCUCUAUCCUCCGCCGAUGUUCGACGGCUGA